AUGCCGGAAUCUAGGCGAUUCGCCAGCUUCAUAAAACCAAAGACACCGGGUAUUAGCACGCCAACCAUCGUUAACCAAUCGGAGGAACUCACCAAGAAGGAAGGGAACGGUACCGGUCUAUUCGAGAUCAAAAAGGUGGACGACGAAUACUUCUGCUUCGCCACGGAACGACAAGUCUGCCGAAACUGGCCAAUCGAGCAGCAAAAAACGAAUAGUGACCCAUCCCGGCGAGGCGAGGGAACCUGUAGACAGCUUUUGUGUGCGCAUCAACACCGCCCGGCUUCCUGGCAUCCCCCGGCUGGGAUCUCCCCUAGCAGUCCAGCAGGUAGCACGGCGGAACCCCCGGCAGCCAAAGGACGGAAAACAAGCCAACCAUCCUUGAUCCGGUCUCUAACAGUCAUGCCGUCACAGCCACAGUUAACGUCCUGUCCAAAAUCACGCAGAUUGGAACCGGCGGAAAAGAGGGCCAACCCCUCUGAGCAACCAGACACUCCAGAACAUCAAGCACGACUACCGGGAGGAACCAGCUAGCCUCCAGAGUUUGCAAAGAACCAUGGCACAAAGUCACUGCAGUUUAAGGUCCACCAAAUCAAUGUAAAUUGGAGAAAAACGAAAAAAAAUAAUAAAAACAUGAACAACAGCAACAAACUUUCAAUCCGAACAAA